AUGAAGCUGCUGCUCCUCCCUGAAGACAGUCCUCAAAGGAAACAGAUGGAGCAUCUCCCUGGAUUGUGUGCUCAGAUGCUGUUGGAUGGUUUCCCCAUUGAGCUUGUGGAUGGAGAUGCAUCAAAUAUCCCUCUGAAAUGGAUAUCAGCUGUUCUGACUCAGCUUCAUACUCUUGUCCAAUCCAAUAGCAAGAUCCGGGUGGUCACAGUUUUAGGGGUCCAAAGCACUGGGAAGUCCACUCUCCUCAACACCAUGUUUGGGGUCCAGUUUGCUGUCAGCAGUGGAAGAUGCACCAGAGGGGCCUUCAUGCUACUGAUUAAAGUCAACAAAGACCUCAAGGAGGAAUUGAAAUGUGACUUCAUCAUGGUCAUUGACACAGAGGGGUUGAAAUCACCAGAGUUGGCCCAACUAGAUCAUAGCUAUGAACAUGACAAUGAACUAGCAACACUGGUGAUUGGACUCAGUGAUGUCACAAUUAUCAACAUGUCCAUGGAGAACUCCACAGAGAUGAAAGACAUUCUGCAGAUUGUUGUUCAUGCUUUUAUCAGGAUGAAGGAAGUGGGGAAGAAGCCAGUAUGUCAUUUUGUGCACCAGAAUGUGUCAGACGUGUCUGCUCAUGACAACAACAUGAGGGACAGGAAGAAGUUGUUGGAACAGUUGAAUGAAAUGACCCAGGCAGCAGCCAGAAUGGAGAAGAAGGAGAAUAUCACCAAGUUCACUGAUGUGAUGGACUAUGAUCCAGACACAAGCAGUUACUACAUCCCAGGACUCUGGCAUGGGACUCCCCCAAUGGCUCCAGUCAAUGCUGGCUACAGUGAGGCUGUAUAUGACUUCAAAAAGAGCUUGAUGAAAGAUUUUAGAAUAUGCCCAAAAAAUGAUGAUUUGACACAUUUCAUGAAGUGGACAGAAAGCUUGUGGGAGUCUGUUAAAUUUGAGAACUUCAUCUUCAGUUUCAGAAACAGCUUGGUUGCAGAUGCAUACUCCAGAUUGUGCACUGAGUACAAUGGUUGGGAAUGGGCCUUCCAGAAGGAGAUGUAUACAUGGAUGGUGAGUGCUGAAACCAACAUUUCUAAUUUUGGCAUGACAGUUCUUAAUCAGCAGAUCACCAUAAGAGAUGUGCUAAAAGACUUGAUGACAGAAGCAUCCAAGAAGCUUGCAGAGGGAGAAAAGAAAAUCCAAGACAAUCUAGUAAAAUACUUUAAAAAGCAAGAUGGCCAUGUCAAUCUGGUGGAAAAUUACAGGGAAGGCUUUGUGUCCAGUGCCAAAACACUGAGACGAGAGACAGAAAACACAGUGAGUAACGUUCUACAUGGAGCUGUUGAAAUCAAAGAGGGAAUGGCCCAACUGGACAACAUCAAGAGUUCACAGGCAAGUACAAUGGAGAACAUGGUGCUGGCUUUGCUGCAGACCUGUAAACAGAACAAAUCUGAUUUAUCAGAACAGGACCUCAUAGAAGAGUUUGAAAGAAUGUGGAAGAAAACUCUGUCUGAGAUCAAAUUCAGAGGACUCACAAGAAGAGUUGUUGCUCAGGAUGCCUUCAGCAUUUUACAAGACCAUUUAUCUACGAGGUCGGGUUAUAUCCGAAGUUUGUUGGAUGGAAACAGCUUGGUUGAUUGUGGGGAGAGGCCAUUUGUUGUAGAGUCAGGGGAUUGGUGGCAGAAGACUAAGGACUUUAUGAUUCCCUGGAAUAGAGAUCUCAGGAAGAAACUACAAGAGUUGUGUGACAACAUCAUAACACAGUGUCAAGAGUUUAUAACCCAGAAGGUGAAAAGCAAAACAGAUUACCAUGACACUGACAUCAAAGAGCUUCUUGAAAUAAUUGAUCAAACAUCGCAACAAAACAAGAAACGUAAAGUUCCUGAGGAAUGUGAGAUUAAUCUGAAGCUGCACAUCUGUGGCAUAGCAGCGAGAAAAUUUCAAAAGAAACAUGAUGAUUUAAUUGCAGUAAACGACCCCCGAAAAUGUCUGGAACAGUCUAAGAACAAGUACCUUACUGACUUCAUAGACUUGUUUCAUAACCGAGAUCAGUGCCUUAAGAAAGCUGAGGAGUUCACAAAGCUCUUACAGACAGCUGUACAGGACUAUGUGACCAAAAUGAUUGGUCCUGAUGUAGUUGAUGAAGUGAAGACAGGUAAAGGGUCAGAGGAUUACAGCGCCCGAGGGGCUUUCCAGUUCUCCGUUUUAAAACAGCUACUGAUGGAUGGGAAAUAUGACGGGAACUACAGAGAAUACAUAAACCAUUAUGAAAAGUUUGUGAAGGACUGGCUGUUUGACCAAAUUGCACAACAACUCUCAAAGGACAGCAGACUGGAGAAGUUGGAGAAGAAACAUCUUUCAGAGAUAGUCAAGAUAAUUACUGAUUCAAUUUCUAACAUCAGAAACACAACUAGCCCUGUAAAAGAUAUCAAUACUUUCAUUCAGAACAUCUGCAGUGCCCUUGGAAAUAAGCUUGUCUUCCCCAAGGAUGGUCUGGAUUUGAUCAUGACUCUGAACUACUCUGAAAAUACAGAACAGUUUGCUGACUACCUAACAGAUUAUGUAGGCGAAAUGGAGCAGUCACUAGCAGCUGAGUAUGAUAAGGGAGGAGACAUCAAAGAGAGACUCAGAUCUCUGACAUUCAAGCCUCAGGACAAGAUGUUCACCAGUCUGUUUGGAUGUGGAGAGCAAUGUCCCUUCUGCAAAGCACCAUGUGAAGCAGGAGGCAAGGAGCAUAGCAAACACUUUACCUCCAUUCAUCGUCCACAGGGUGUCCGUGGAUUGAAGAUCUUACACACAAAGAUGUUAGUGACUGAUAUAUGUUCCUCUGAUGUGAUUAGUGAGAGCAAAUUCAGUAGCUCCCUGACAGAAGGCAAAUUUCACCCCUACAAGGAGUACCAGACAUAUUACCCUGACUGGAUCAUAACUGGAGAUUCCAGCAUUAAGGCUUCAGACUACUGGAAGUACGUGAUGGCCACAUUCAAUGAGAGAAUCGCUAAAGACACAAAUGCACGACCUGCUGAUAUCCCAGAGGACUGGAAGGCAUUAACAAGUGAUGAUGCAAUGAAGAGCUUGAAAAAGUCUUUCCACAUGAAAGCCUAGUCUCUAGUUGUUGACAUGCAACCAUUUAAAGAUGUCCGACUAGACAAUCAGAAAUAACUAUUAUGACAUGGAUAUUUAACAGAAUCAAAACAUGAAGGGACAGUUUUUGAAGUAAUGUGCAGAUUGAGCAAUACCCAAUGCAAUUCUGAAAAUAACAACUGCAGCACGGCAAAUCACAUUUUCAGAUACAUUGAUAAAUUAUAUGAAAUCUAGGCAAUUUACAGAUCUGAUCUUCAUAAUGAAACAGCUAACACUGAGUUUAAUGGGAUAUUAAUACAUUAUUAUAAUCAAGUAAUACAACAUUCAAAUCAUGAUUUUGAUGUAAGCAAAGAGUUUUUAGCAAAUUCAGAAAUCCUACAAAAUGCGAGAGAAGUGAACAUGAACACCAGCAGGUUAACCGACAUGAUUUUUGUGACUUGAUAAUGUCCAUAAAUAAACAAACACAAUACACAGGUAACUAAGGAGCUAGUCUGACAUUGUUCAUUUAGUUUCAGCUAUAAUAAUUAUAUUUCUCUCAUGUACUUACCAUCCAACCUAUGGCUUGAUAUGCCUUAAUCACAGAUCAAUGAUUAUGAAGGGCUGGAUGGUUCAGUGGUAAACAGUUGAUCACAGAUCAAUGAUUAUGAAGGGCUGGAUGGUUCAGUGGUAAACAGUUGAUCACAGAUUAAUGAUUAGAAGGGCUGCACGAUUCAGUGGUAAACAGUUGAUCACAGAU